GCAAGCAGGAAGCUGAUAACAGAAGAGAGACCAGCAGAGACCAGCAGCAGAGAGUCCAGCAGCAGAGAGUCCAGCUCCUCCUCAGUCAUGUCCUGGUUCACACCUGGGUCACUGACGCUCCUCCUCACCUGUUCAUGGAUCGUGGCUGUGAGUGCAGAGCCUGAGGUGAUACGAGUGGUACAAGUGAAACUUGGACAUGAUGUAACUCUGCCGUGUCGGGCUGGUGACGUCACCAUCAGAGCUGCAGAGUGGACCAGAUCUAAACCAGAACCACCAAAGAACAUCCUGUUUUGGACAGAUGGACAUAUAACAUCCCCCAUUGUAGAUCGAGUGCAGCUGGUGGACGGUGAGCUGAAGACUGGAGACGUUUCAAUGAUCCUGAAGGACGUGAAGAGAGAAGACAGCGGAACUUAUGAGUGUCGAGUUCAAACAGCUGCUUCAAGACGUAACAAGAGAGCCGUCAUCAAGACUGAGCCAAUCAGCAUCGUCGAGCUGCAGGUGACAGACCCAGAGCCUGAGGUGAAAGUGGAACAAGUGGGACAGGAUGUAACUCUGGAGUGUCGGGCUGGUGACGUCACCAUCAGAGCUGCAGAGUGGAUCAGAUCUGAACCAGAACCACCAACUGACAUCCUGUCUUGGAGAGAUGGACACGACCAGCAAGACUCAUCAUUUACAGGUCGAGUGCAGCUGGUGGACGGUGAGCUGAAGACUGGAGACGUUUCAAUGAUCCUGAAGGACGUGAAGAGAGAAGACAGCGGAACUUAUGAGUGUCGAGUUCAAACAGCUGCUUCAAGACGUAACAAGACUGAAACUAUCAGCAUCGUCAAGCUGCUGGUGACAGUUUCCCAGCAUGCCUCAGCUGUGGAGGUGUAUGAGGGAGACCCGUUUGUCCUGCUGCCCUGUGUCUUUCUCACUGAUGGACUCAGCUACCCCUCAGUGGUGUGGAGCCGCUGCGAUCGCAAUCCUUCAACCGUCCACCAGCGUCAGCAGGAAGGUGACGAACUUAUAGACCAAAACCAGCUUUACAGCAGCCGAACAUCCAUGAAGACUGACGCUCUGGAAACUGGAGACCUCAGCCUCCAUCUGACAAAACUCCACCUCUCUGACAGCGGCUCCUACACCUGCACCGUCAGGUGGUUCAAUAGGGGGAGACACAGAGAACUGAGAGUGACGGACGUACAUCUGCAGGUCAAAGAACGAUUCCCAUCCUGGGCCAAAGCUCUCCUGGUUCUCCUGGUUCUUGGACUUCUUGUUGGAGCUCUUUUAGUAUAUUUUAGACUGUAUUUCAUGUCAGUUUACCAGGUGGAGGUGGAUUCAGGGGCGGAGUCUGUCCAGCUGCCCUGCAAAACCAGAGUUCACCUGCCCAAAGACGCUAAAGUUGAGUGGAGGGAUGGAGGUGACUGGAAGGUCCAUGUGUAUCAGAACGGUUCUGACCAGCCUGAAGAACAGGACAGUGAAUACAGAGGUCGAACAGAGAUGAAGAGAAACCUGCCGAGAGACCUCAGUCUGACCCUGAAAUACCCCACAGACUGGGACAGUAACAUCUACACCUGCACCGUCUACAACAGGGAGGGACGCGUCCUGAUGGAGAAACAAGUGGUGCUGUGGGUCAAAGUCUGUCAGGUGGAGGUGGAGGAGGGGGCGGAGUCUGUCCAGCUGCCCUUCAGAACUACACCUGACCUGCCUGAGGACGCUGCAGUGAAGUGGGUCUGCUCACACAGGACAGUCCACCUGUAUGAGAACAGAUCUGACCAGCCUGACAAACAGCACCAGGAUUACAAAGACCGAACAGAGAUGAAGAAAGACCUGCUGAAGACUGGAGACCUCAGUCUGACCCUGAAACACCCCAAAGAGACAGACACACGAAAAUACUGGUGUUUAGUCAUCAACAAGGACGGAUACAGACUGAGAAUGAAAACAGUGAAGCUCAAAGUCAAAGGGAACAUCAGGAACAGAAGCAGCUCCACUGAUCCGACUCCUCUGAUGGCUGAUCAAUCUGUUUGAUCGGUCUGUUGGUCAAUCUUUGAUUAUUGAUCUGAUGAGACUUUGGAUCAGAGACUAAAUGGAGGUGAAGGAGCUGAUGGAGGACGGAUGAAGACAGGAGGACGCUUCAUCAGCUUCUUCUUCACUCUGACUCUCACACACAGUCUACACACUCACUAUUGAUGACUGUUGAUCAGUGAUGUCAGAGUGAUGUCACAUGGUGGUUUAGAUCCUUUGAACUCUGACAGUAAAGUGUAAAUACAUUUAUUAUUGGAACAACAGACGUCUGGUUCGUCUUUCGUUGGACUCCAGAGUGUUUACUGUCUGCUGACAGCCUUCCUGUCCUGGACACUGAUGAACACUGACUGACUGAAUAAAUGAGUUCUCUGUGGUGAGAUCAUUAGAUGUCCAGUUUCACAUGAUCUCUUUGUGUCGAUGACAAUAUUGGAAACGUCUCGAUUCUACAGCUCAGAUUGUUCCACCACCAACUCUGACAGGAUACAAGGUCACAAGAUCAAUGAUCACAUCUACUGACUGAACACAGCGAGACAGGUGUUCACACAUCGUCAUCGUACAUGAAGAUCCUUCAGAUUCUUCCUCUGACCCUCAUUUCUUACAUGAACUGUGAUCACUAACAGCAGUUUAGCUCGGUUGGUAGAGUCCAUGUGCAGAGGCUUCGUCCUCAGGUUCAACUCUCAUCCUGGGGCCCUUUGCUGCGUGUCACCCUCCUCAUCCUGUUUCCUGUCUGAUCUUCAGCUGAACUAUCAAUAAAACAUUACAGAGUUGGAUCGGUCUGAAAUCAGUCCGUCGGUCCAAUCAGGUGCAGCCAGGUAGUUGUUGGGGGUGGAGCCUGUGUUUGUUUUCUCUUCCUAAACCUCACCUGUGGACCUGUACCGUCAGGAUGGGGGGCGUGGCCUCCUGACCUCACAGUGUGUGACCAGGGAGACCAGGGUGUAAAACUCUUGCUCCAGAUUGAGACGCCGUGUAAAUAUAAUGCAGAAAUCUGCAAAUUGUUUCUGAUUUAUAUUCAUAUUGUGUUUUUGUAAAGUUACACGAUCACAGCAGCAUGUUUCUAACAAGUUGGUUCUGGGGCAAGAAAAGACUGGGACAGUUGUGGGAUGUUAUAAAACAUCUGGGAGGUUUGGAAACCAGCAGCUGUGAUGGUCCGGCUGCGUGUUAGAGCCCGUUGCAUGAUGGGUAACACAGAGGUGAAGCACCAUGACUGAGUGUCAUCAGAGAAGAUGUGGUGCUGCUCAGUGGUGAACCUGCUCCAGGACCAACUGUACAGGAACAUGCUGCAACAUCUCAUUCACAAAUAAAUCAAGUUUGUCAGCUUGA